AUGGAGAGCUCAUCAGUAGAUGCAAAGAAAGAUACGAUUAAAGAGCCCCUCUUGAAGACUUCACCAAGGGGUGGUGUCAGAACCAUGCCAUUCAUCAUAGCAAAUGGGAUGCUUGAGAGGGUGGCAAGUUUUGGUUUAACUCCUAACAUGACUCUGUAUCUGAUGAGGCAAUAUCAUAUGGAGAUGACCGCUGCAUCCAAUGUACUCUUUUAUUGGUCAGCAGCUACUAACUUCCUGCCGAUUCUUGGAGCCAUCAUUGCAGAUUCUUACGUGGGCCGUUUUCAUAUGAUCGGAUUUGGAUCUGUUGUUAGCCUCCUGGGGAUGAUUCUAUUAUGGUUAACAACUAUGAUUCCACAAGCAACACCUCCUCCAUGUAUUGAAUCUAACAACAGUUGUGACUCUACAACAUCUUUCCAACUCUUACUGCUAUUCACAUCCUUUGCACUCAUUUCCACUGGAGCUGGGGGCAUCAGGUCUUCUUCCUUAGCCUUUGGGGCAGAUCAAUUGGAAAAAGGAGAUGGCUGCGAAAGUGUAGGCGUGUCAGGGAGAUAUCUUAGCUGGUAUUAUGCUUCAUACACGUUCUCUGUUCUCAUUGCUUUGACCUGUAUGGUAUACAUUCAAGAAAACAUGGGCUGGCAGUUUGGUUUUGGAGUUUCUGUGGUGGUGAUGCUCUUUGCAGCUCUGUCUUUUUUUCUUGCCACUCCCUUUUAUGUCAAGGUGAAGGCUAAAGCAAGGUUACUCACUGAACAGAUUAAAGUGAUUGUAUCGUCUUAUAAAAAUAGUGCCCUGAAGUUAAAUAGCACAAACAUGUUCCUUCAGAAGAAUGGUUCCGCACUGGUUUUUCCUAGUGAGAAAAUGAGGUUUCUUAAUAAAGCGUGCAUCAUUAGAGAUCCUCAGAAAGAUUUGACUGCAGAUGGAAGGGCUAAGGACCCCUGGAGUCUUUGCACCGUAGAUCAGGUGGAGGAUCUGAAAGCUAUACUUAAGGUGAUCCCUAUAUGGUCAACAGGAAUGGUGACAUUCAUUAAUAUCAGCCAGAACUCGUUUUCAAUACUUCAAGCAAGCUCCAUGAAUCGCAGGAUCAGUGGAAAUUUUGAAAUUCCAGCAGGUUCUUUUGGCAUAUUUGCAGUCAUUUCUUUGAUCCUCUGGGUUGCUCUUUAUGAUCAAGUACUUCUUCCCCUAGCAUCAAGAAUUAAAGGCAAACCUGUUUAUGUGAAUGCAAGACAGAGAAUGGGAGCAGGAAUUUUCCUCUCUUCUCUAUGUAUGAUAGUAACAGCAGCUGUGGAGUAUAUCCGCCGCAGUCUCGUGAUUAAGCAAGGAGUUUCAGAUGAUCCACAGGCGAUGGUGGAUAUGUCGGCACUGUGGCUUCUCCCUCAAUAUUGCUUGAUGGGACUUGCAGAGGGUUUAAAUGCGAUCGCACAAAAUGAGUUCUACAUUUCAGAGUUUCCAAGGAGCAUGUCAAGUAUGGCUUCUAACCUAAGUGGAGCUGGCAUGUCCGUGGCAAGUUUGCUAGCAAGUUUCCUAAUGAACAGUAUUGAUGAUUUGACGAAAAAAGGAGGCCAAGAAAGUUGGAUUUCAACCAACAUUAACAAGGGUCACUAUGAUUACUACUUCUGCGUUCUGGCUGGACUAAGUAUGGUAAAUAUGCUGUAUUUCCUGAUUUGCUGUUGGGCUUAUGGUCCUUGUAGGGCUGAGGAAGGCAAGGCUUCUGAUGAAGAAGUUGAGUCUGAUGAACAAGUUUAG